CCAGCGCUUCUAGACUUCACUGGUUCAUUAGCCUAGACGCCACAGGUAUACGUACGCCACACACUGCGCUAUGAGGUCAUUGAGCGGGCAGAAGGCAGAGGCGCCAGAGGAGGCCUGCUUCUGCUCGAUACACACCCCAUUCACACAGCAAUUGUCGCAUUCUUGAUUUCUGUCGAGAUUCCACAAAAGCCCCGAGAAACGUCAAUCCUACGCAUAUUUCGAGCGCGCUGAACACAGUCUUCUCGAUGGACGACAGCUUCAGGCAACCCGCGAAGCUACAGAAACGCAAGAGUCGGGAGCGACAAGAACUUGCAAUGUCAGGUGGGCUAAACGGCCAAGCAGCAAACUCAUCGCAGCCGAUGGCGCCUUCCGAGAACAUGUCAGCGGCAGAAAAGGAGAAGCGAUCGAAAUGGCGCAUGUCCAACCCAUUCCAUACAAAAGAGAAAGACAAGUCCAAGGACAAAGACCGAAAAGACGUGGUCUCGGAGUCGAACACAGACUCGGCUUACGGUACUAGCAGCGAGCCCAGUACCAGUGCGAAUCCUAGCUUUGCAAGCAAUGCCCGCCCCAUCUCUGGCGAACAGUGGCACCCGCCGCCGCCCAAAAACGAAGCACCUGCAACCUAUAACAACCCACCGACUGGGCAUACGCAUGACACCCUUGCACCACCUCAACAAACACUUCACAGUCGCGCCAGCCAGGAGAGCGUGGGUAGAGAGACAUAUCGAGAUGCUGGAACAGGCAACAUUGUUACAGUCACAACUACCACCACAACAACGACUACAACUACAACUGGCCCAGGAGGGUCCGUCACCGUAGAACAACCAGCUGGAGGUAAAGGUUCAGGUAGCAUUACCAACACUUCUGGUCCGAGCCCACCAUCUCCAGCGCCUGCGACGCCUGCCACUUACCAACAGCCAGGUCCUGGGCAUACAACUCAUUACCCCGUCCCUGAAAGCCUAACGCCGCCAGUACCUACAAACUACCAGCAAGGUGGUCCAAUUCAUUCUCCUCAAAUCUCAAGGCUGGAAGACUCGUCUUCUCCCGCCAUACCAAGCAAGAGUAACAUACGGAACAGGAUGGAGUUGGACUCUGUCUCUCCUGCAAUUCAGCGACCCAAUCCCAUGGAUGAUCCAAUCAGCCCCGUUACGCCUGGUAGCCCCACGCGCGCAAAUUUCUCCUAUCCUGCCCGGCAACCCCCACAAGGAGUUCCUCGGCAGAUCCCAGUUCAGCAAUUGCCGCAACAGCAGCAGCAGCCGGCUGUGCCCCCAAUACCUGCAAACCUCCAGCCUGGCGUAGGAUACAACGACCCUGGCCAUCCCCAGCCGUUCAGGGCAGGCCAUGAUAUGCAGAAGCAAUCUACUAUGGCCAACCUCAGAGCAGCUGCGUCGGGGAUCCAUGGAGCUGGAGAAGCCCUUCGCGGUACCUUCAAUGACACAUUCGAUCGCCGCAACCCUGCCGCACACGCUAAGAAUCAGGAGGUCAUCGAAGCCGGUCGCCGCGAGAUUGAAGCCUCACGCCUUGCACAACAACAGCGACAGCGACAAGCUGCGUCGAAUGCACCUCCGCAAGGAGCCCCGCAAGCGCAAGCGCAAGCGCAAGGAGCCCCACAAGGGCUGCCGCCAGGAUUUCCGCCAGGGCCAGGUCAGGAACCUGUGAAAACAGCGUAUACUGGUCCGUCUGUGUCUGGCUCACAAAUUGAAGGAAGGAGUGCAUAUGGAGGCAGGUUGGGCAACAUCAUGAAGAAGAUGAAAGAAGGUCCUACGCCUGCUGCGAAUCGCGAUGGGACGGUGGGAAAUACAAGGGAAUAUUGAUUAAAUUAUGUCAGCGUAUGAGCUAUGAGUAUACGUAAUAAACCUUGUUUUGCACAUUUUAGUUUCGCUUGAUCUUAUCUGUCGUAUGUGACGUAGCCACGGAACGUAUGUUGGUUUGGUGUAGAAAUCUAGAGCAGAGUAGUGGAUGGAAUAUGCGGUGGACUAUGCUCUUGACCAAGUCCAAAAGGCGACCAAACUUCAAUUGCUUCAAUGACACAAAACUCACACUGCUACACGCAAUACCAGAGCAAGAUGCGAAGCAAUUUGCCAAUGCACACAAUCAAACACAGAAGCAGAUAAUAAUAG